GCGGGUACACCCGUGACAAAUGAACGGCGGCAGUGAAAACGUCAACAAUAAGAGACGACGAAGUGAAAAGAAGCUCAGGAACGGGCUUUAACCUGUAUUUUGUUCCUCAUUCUUAGUGUUGUUCAUUGCGGACUGCGCCCUUUUCACUUUACCGGGUGAACACUACCUCUCCGCCAUACAAUCGCCGCCUAUGCUACAACCCCCUCGCACUCCACCGCUUCAACCGCCGCUCCCUUCUUCCCUAUGCCAUACUCCGCGCAAGUGCGAGCUAUAACGUGGGGGGUGGGAUUCUGUAAUAGAAAAUCCACUUGUAUGCUUUAGAUAUGUCGUACCCAGGAUUCGGUUACUCUCCUUACCAGUAUCUCUCUGGUGGGCAGAAUGCUCAACCCUCAUACAACUCCUUGCCUCAGAUCCAAGUCACUUCAGCUUCAGAAACUCCAAAUACCCAGCAAACGGCAAACCGAAGCUACGGACAGCAGAGUUAUGAGUGGCAGGGCCAGAACAAUACAGAUAUAUCGGGUCAAACUCCCCAGCAGCAGCCGGAGCGGGAGAGCUGGCAGUCCUCAACCAACCCAUCAUCCCAAAGUUACCGCUAUCAGCAUCAACAACAAUCGAGCUAUAGUACGUCCAACGCUGCGCCAUCAAUAUCAUCAUCACUGUCGUCGCAGCAAGCCCAGCAGUCCCAGCAGACACAUAAUCCACUCAUUUCACCAACUCUAAAAAAUAUCCAGUAUGGUUCUCCCACAGUGGAAUCUAUGGCUAUGCACAACUCCGCGACGGAUCCGCGCUCGACCACUUCCAUCUCUACAAACAUGAGCUACCAGAUAGAUCCUCCAGCGCAAAAUAGAUUACCGGCAAAUGUUUCUCUGCCAAUUGAUCGUCCAACCUCUGCUCAACGCUCGAGAACCGUGGCUGCUUCAGCCAUGACUGCCCUCUCUUCCAACGUUCCCGCACCCCGCGCUGCUUCACAGAGACUGUCAACCGGUCCGGCUGGCUCAUCCUCAACAUCUCAUUCUUAUGCUCCAAGCUAUGGCACUCCGCUAUCCAAUUUAAUAGCACCAAACCCCACAGCACAGCCCCCAUCAUCAGCCGAUCCUGGACAGCCAUAUCGUCACCAAAAUGCGAGGUCGCAAUAUAGUAGAGCGUCUACGGGAUCAGCUCAGUCAAAUAUAUCUAGAAACCAACAGUCCAUAUCCCAGCACCGCAACACGUAUUCUUCUACCCUGUCUGCCGCGACACCAUCCUCGUCAUCAAUGUACUCUGAACCUUCAGCUUCGCAACAACACCGCAUGACAGGAUACGACAAUACCAACACUCCUCAUCAACCCCCUACUACAUCACAUGCCCAAAACACAGCUUCAAAUCCCUCCUACAUAAAUUCUACCUCCGAGUAUCAACCGGUAAACACAAGUCAAUCGCAAUCGUACCAGCCCGCAACGCCAGGGUUUAUCGACCCCAGUCAAAUCUACAACCCAUACUACCAGGAGUAUCAGAAAACUAGAGUUGCAGAGGCAGAAGCGGAAGCAGAACGGCUAAAACAUCCAGAGGCAGAGAAACAAAAGGAAGUGGAGAAACAGAGAGAAGUCGAGAGGCAGAAAGAUAUAGAGAAACAAAACGAGCCAGAGAGACGGAAGCGGUCCGCGAGAGAGCUUGAGGAGAUGAAGAAAGAGAACUUGAAACGAGCUGCUCAGGCUGAAAUCUCACAAAAACUAGCUGCUGCGAGGGAGAUUGCGGCCAGCGUCCGAGCAGCUAAUUCACAAACUGCGGAGAAGCCUAAACCAGGUCGUAAACCCGGUCCAAAACCUAGGGUACAAGCUCCCAAUCCCACAGAUUCGGCACAGGGAAAGUCCGGAGGGACCCAAAAAAAGCAACAGCGCCGCGCACGGAAACCGCAGGUGGAAGCUCCCGCUCUUGCUGCGCCCGACGAAUCCUCGGGGAUCACCCAUCAAACACAAUCUGUGCCCACUGCUCAACCUAACGAGGACCAGAGACAGGCGCUUUCAACGAUGGUCCAAACCCCAGUUGAAGGGCAACCUGAUGAAGAUGAAGACCUAGAGGUGAAGUUGAUGUUGGAGAAAAUGAAAGAACUAAAAUCAAAGUAUCCGAAUAAAUUCGCGAAGUUACUAGGUGGACUGGAAGUGUCGGCACCUGUCGCCGCCCCUCCUCAAGCUGUAGAAGAACGACGGACAUCCGGAGUUCUAGUAUCAUCACCACCACCAACUUCGGCUUCUAUGAAUCCCACCGAAGAGACCAAUUCAAUGCAUGAUCGUGGCAAAUUCCCCGCAGCUCGGCGAAAACGAAGGUCGAAGCCUGUAAAUCUAGCGGGUCAUGGAGCUCAAUCUUCACCUACUCGACAUGAUAACGGGCAUCCCCCGCAACCUCCACCCGCUGCAGCUUCACAACCCGAAACAAAUGAGAAAGACCAACCUACACAAAUGGGUGGGCGUAUGGAAAUUGAGAAGCUUAUAGAUUCCGAUGAAUCUCAGCCCUCACCAUUGCCAGCCCCAGUUCAAGCUGCAGCGCCGCCCGCCCACCCUGUACCAGAACCUGCGGCUGAGGCUAAGCAAUCUCAACCUGCAUCAUUGCCAGCCCAAGUUCAAGCUGCAGCGCCGCCCAACCAGCCUGUGCCAGAACCUGCGGCUGAGGCUAAGCAAUCUCAACCUGCAUCAUUGCCAGCCCAAGUUCAAGCUGCAGCGCCGCCCAACCAGCCUGUGCCAGAACCUGCGACUGAGGCUAAGCAAUCUCAACCUGCAUCAUUGCCAGCCCAAGUUCAAGCUGCAGCGCCCCCCAACCAGCCUGUGCCAGAACCUGCAACUGGGGCUAAGCAAACAAAAGAAGAAAACCUAAGAGCUGCUACAAUCUGGCCGGAACCGAAGCGAUUAGCUCUGGCCCAGGCAGCUUCAAGAUACAUAGAUGAUGUCAUUAGCAAUCGCAACAAGGGCAACAAAUGUCCUCCAGAGAUGGUAUUAUCGUUGAUAGAUCGGAAUCCGAGCUACAUUGAACUCUGCGGGAUGUUAGAAUCUCGAGGCUACCAUUUGAAUCGCGUUCAUUUCGCAAAACAUCUACUCAAAGCUAUGCCGGAGUUAACAGCAGGUUCCAGCCCUGCUGCUGGCCCGAACACAGUGGCAAAUGGGCCAUCUUCCACCCCUAGAAAGGGGCAAAUGCAGCCUCCUCCGAGUACAGCAUCUAUGUCGCCACCGAUUCAAUAUACCGGAGUCCGCGCGGGAAAUAAUUCCACGCCCAUUCCUCUAGGAUCCACAGCAAGAUCAGGUGGACCUCAGGUGGUUGGAAGCAAAACGGCGCAGCCGGCUCCAUCAUCAACACCCAUGCCACCUCCAACAAACAGAGACCCUGGAUAUUUCGUACCGUAUCAGCUUCCACCGUCAGUUCCUUCAGAAAAUCGAGUUCCAGGGUUUAUAGGAUCUCCUCCUCGUCAAGUUGGAUUUUCGAACGGCACCCAAGCGUCUAGAUCAGCAGGGCCGCAUUCACUCCCUGAAAGGCUAGCACCGAUUCGACACACUAUAGGUGGCCUAGUUCCAAGUCCAAUCGGAGGCAAGCUGAAACCUAAAUUCCGUGUUCCUGCGCCACCUGCCCAUAUACCCGCACCUGGUUCCAAAGAGGCAUUGGCUAAAAAACGCACGUUCGCGGAGAUUGUGGAUUUUACCCAGCUUCCAAGUGAUGAUGACGAUGAUGAUUCACCACCUUCAAAAGCACCGCGCUUACAGGACGUACCACCCCAGAGCGAUACAAAUACGGAUGUGGAUGUUGAAGUGCCAGCACCUGCGCCAGAAACUCCUGAGGCACAUAGCGCCCCAGCAAACACGCUCGAUUUAUCGCAAUUCAGAAUGCCAGAUGCUGAUUCUUCAACAAGCAAUGAAACGCUACGGGGGCGUAGCGAUAUCGUAAAGCCGCUAAAUAAGACAGAGGCCGUGAAAACGCGCUACUAUGAUCCGAAGACUAUUGCGAGAGAUCUUUUGAUUGCAACCGGCCGCCACCCGACAGAGCGUGCAUUGAACCAGCAUCUUUCAAGACUACGUGAUAAUUUUCCUGCGGUUGAUAACUCAUCUGAUCUACGAACGUUCCGCUGGGACAUUGUCGAUCCUGGAGGACCGCCACCACCUGAAGUCCCGCUAGUUACUGCAGUCUCCAAACCUCCCUUAAUCACAGUCCGCGAAUACACAAGGCCUGGAGUGGCUGACCGCUUACCUAAUCCUCAUUCACGUGACUCAGCGAAAGGCACUACUGGUUCUCAGCCUCCUCAGACACCUUCACAACUACACAUCUCUGAAACGAUCAACAAGAGUGAUGACUCGUCACCUCACCUUCGGCAAGAGAGUAAUAGUAAUAUCAAUACUGAAAGCUCCGUGAUGAGUUCAACGCCACAAAUGCCCGGGACUCGUCGACGCGGACGGCCACUAGGCGCGAAGAGCAAGCCUAGAUUCGCAGACCGAGUCGAGAUCGCGAUCCCGAUCAGUUCAUCGCCAAACACUCCCCGAACUCCAUUCCACAUGUAUAAAUGUGAAUGGAAAGGCUGCGAUGCACAACUUCACAAUUUGCAAACCCUCCGAAAACACGCCACUCGCCUCCACGUCCCUAGAGACACGAAGAUGGAAGCGCCUUGCUUAUGGGCUGGUUGCCGUGACGGCAGGAAUAAGUUUACGCGUGAUAGCCUAGCCGAUCAUCUGGAGAAUAAACAUUUAAGCGCCCUUGCAUGGACGCUCGGGGAAGGCCCCGGGUCUGUAAGAUCUGGACAUCGAGAUUACAACAUCGACGACUGCUUAAAUGAUAGCAACGGGCGCGCCGUCAUCGCCAGGGCAAGUGCGAAGGGCAUACGGCCUACCCUGAUCCUCCCCGCAGCAUACAGGUCAAUCCGAUCCUUUAAUAAAAUGUACGGAAACGAGAGUGACAAGGCGAAAGCGUUGGAGGUGCUACGGGCACUAGAGAUGAAACAAGUGAGGGUAGGAACGGGGCUGGGCCGCGGCGGGUGUACAUUUAUGAAUGAGAAGAGGCAGGAGACAGUCGUGGCGUUCGAGAGCAUUUUUGAGAUUGUGGCUGAGGAUGAUGACGGUCUUUAG